AUGUCUUCCACCUCUUCCAGCACGUCGACUCGGAAGCUGAUAUUCGUCACAGGGGGCACCGGAUUUAUAGGAUUUCAUAUUUUGACCCAGCUGCUUGAUAAAGGGUACCAUGUUCGAGCGGCCGCCAGAGGCAGGAAGAUUAGCUUACUGAAGAAAGCUCUGUCAGCCAACUACAGCAGCGACAACUUCGAAGUCGUAGAGGUCCGUGAUGUCUGCUUCGGGGAUUUCAGUCUAAUCCUCAAAGGAAUAGACGGAAUCAUCCAUGCGGCGGCUCCUCUUCCGGGAAGAGUUAGCGCUGAGAUAGCCUUACGAACUGCUAUCGAAGGUUCUCUCCACAUUCUGCGAGAGGCCGUGAGAGCCAAAGUUCCGAGAGCCGUUGUUACCAGCGCUGUCUUGAGCUAUGAUUAUCCCAAAGGCCCAUACGGCGCAGACAGCUGGAACCCCAUCACCAAAGAAGAGGCGAUAGCCUUCGGACUUCCCUCCCUGAUCUAUGCAGCCCAGAAGAAAUAUUCCGACUUGGCUGUCGUCGAAUUUUCCUAUAUCCACCCUGAAAUCGAUGUUACCCUCGUGGGACCGCCCUUCAACUACGGUCCCUUCGCUCGAGGCUUUGAGCACCUCCUUCCUGAACCAGACCUUGAUUCUCUCUCCACGAAUGCCACUAUCUAUUCUUUUCUUCGGCCAGACACGACCGCCUUUCCUAUCGUUCCGGGGGCAAUAGAUGUUCGUGAUACCGCUAGAGCGCACGUUCUCGCCCUCGAGUCGCCUCUCUCACCCUACGUUGGUCGGAAGAGGGUGGCUAUUGUGUGUCCCCACGAGUGUUCGUACAAGGCGGCAAUCGAGAUCAUAGCGCGAGAACGUCCGGAGCUUAAGGACCGCCUUGCCGAUGUUCGUAGGGCGCCGGAGUGGUCUUGCAACACCCUGCCGCUGGACUGGAAAAGGAUUAGUGAAGUGAUUGGGAUGAACCGCGAUUCGUUCUUCCCUUGGGAGAAGACAGUCUUGGACGCAGUGGACAGUCUCCUUCGUAUUGAGAACUUGUGGAAAGAAAAGGGAUUUGACUUGAAAAAGGUCAAGGGAUUUAUAAGAUAA